CGACUCGUUCAUUCAACCAAAUCAUGUUGCGUGCAUUGACUAACAACGCCAGCAUCAAGGCUGCUGCCUCUGCUCGUCAUACUACUCGCUUGUUCAGCGUUAGUGCUUCCGCCUUGCAAAAGUUCCGUACUGAGCGUGAUACUUUUGGCGAUCUCCAAGUUCCCUCUGAGAGCUUGUGGGGAGCUCAAACUCAAAGAUCAUUGCAAAACUUCGAUAUUGGCGGUCCCCGUGAGCGUAUGCCCGAGCCUUUGAUCCGUGCUUUCGGUGUCUUGAAGAAGGCCGCUGCCAAGGUCAACGUCACCUAUGGUUUGGACCCCAAGAUCGGUGAUGCCAUUUCCCGCGCUGCUGACGAGGUCAUUGACGGUACCUUAAUUGAAGAGUUCCCUCUUGUCGUUUGGCAAACUGGUUCUGGAACCCAGACCAACAUGAACGUCAACGAAGUCAUUUCCAACCGUGCUAUUCAGCUCAUGGGCGGAGAAUUGGGUUCCAAGAAGCCUGUUCACCCUAACGAUCACGUCAACAUGAGCCAGUCUUCCAACGAUACCUUCCCUACCGCCAUGCACGUUGCUGGUGUCAUUGAAAUUCAACACCGUCUUUUGCCUGCUAUGACCAGCUUGCGCAACGCUUUCCAAGCCAAGUCGGAUGAGUUCAACCACAUCAUCAAGAUUGGACGCACUCACUUGCAGGAUGCUACCCCCGUCACCCUUGGCCAAGAAUUGUCUGGAUACGUUACUCAGUUGAGCUUGGGUAUUGAGCGUGUUAACGGAUCUUUGAACAACCUUUACAAGCUCGCUCAAGGUGGUACUGCUGUUGGUACUGGUCUUAACACCCGUAAGGGAUUCGAUGAGAAGGUCGCCUCUGCCAUUGCUGAGAUCACCGGCUUGCCCUUCAAGACUGCUCCCAACAAGUUCGAAGCCCUUGCCGCUCACGAUGCCGUCGUUGAAGCUCACGGUGCUCUUAACACUGUUGCUGUCUCUUUGAUGAAGAUUGCUAACGACAUUCGUUUCCUCGGUUCCGGUCCUCGUUGCGGUCUUGGCGAGCUUUCCUUGCCCGAGAACGAACCCGGUUCCUCCAUUAUGCCUGGUAAGGUUAACCCUACCCAGUGUGAGGCUAUGACUAUGGUGUGCGCUCAGGUCAUGGGUAAUAACACCACUGUUUCCAUUGCUGGUUCCAACGGUCACUUUGAGCUCAACGUUUUCAAGCCUGUCAUGAUUAAGAACCUUCUUCAAUCCGUUCGUUUGUUGUCUGAUGCUUGCGUCUCUUUCGAGAAGAACUGCGUUGUCGGUAUCCAAGCCAACGAGGAGAAGAUCAAGAAGAUCAUGAACGAGAGUUUGAUGUUGGUUACUGCUCUUAACCCCCAUAUCGGUUAUGACAAUGCUGCCAAGUGCGCUAAGAACGCUCACAAGAAGGGUAUCACCCUCAAGGAGUCUGCUCUCGAGCUCGGUGUCCUUACCGAAGAACAAUUCGACCAAUGGGUCAGACCUGAGGAUAUGCUUGGUCCUAAAUAAGUCGACGUUAUUCCACAUCAAAUUUUCGCCCGCCAUUCAAAACAUCCCCGCCUCUUUUAAAAAAUUAGAAUAAAAAAUUCAACCGUGUUGAAAACUGAAGCAACA